AUGAUAAAAGUAAGGAAUGAAGAAGGUGAAUACCCGUGCUACAUAUGCCCUGAAAUACUCAACUCGAAGAAAGAUCUCCGACAACACACCAUUAACGUGCACAAGAAGAAUAAAGUGUGUCCCACUUGCAGUUCCUCCUUCAAAGACAUCUCCUCCGUCCGACGCCACAUUAAAAGUGUUCAUGUCAAAGAGAAACAGUUUGUGUGUUCACUGUGCGAACGGCGCUACAUGCACAAAUAUGAUCUCGAGAAUCAUUUCACCAAAAAACACAGUUCAACUUUCAACUGUAACGACAGAAAGGUAUGUCCGGAUUGUCAGGCAUUUUUCACAUCUACCACUCAGCUUAUGGAGCACAUGCAGAAAACACACAAGAAAACUAUCAACUACAGCAAAUUUGUGUCGGAUGUUCUAGAAACCUUCACAUCUCACAUGAGUAGCUGUCACUCGUGGGAGAGCACGCUGAUCUGCACUAGAAAGGGGUGUAACAAGUACUUUCAAACAGAGGACGAGCUCCUCUCCCACCUUAAAACACACCCCAAACAAACGUGGACCCGCAAGAAAUCAGAAGCGAGCUCGUUUAAGUGCUGGGAGUGUGGCAGCCAGUGUGAAACACGGGAGAUGAUGGUCACGCACUUUACAGAUCUGCACUCCUGUCUACCCAGGUUCGAGUGUAAAGCCUGCUCCACCUUCUUCAGAGAUAAGGACGAUCUCUCUAUGCAUAUUCCCUGUACAAACCAGUCGUACACUGACUUUGUAGAGCUUACAAUUCACCAAAACACAGAGUCUUGCUCUUCUUAUAAUGGGGAGGGCUCUCAGCAACUCUCCAAAAAGAGGAAGAUCACCCCUCUUGUCACUGGAAUUGUAGAUUUUCAGUCUUGA